GAGGAGUCGAGGACGCCAAAACAAACGUCAACGUGAGUGUUCUGCAUGUCACAUGUCACGUGAGAUUAUGCUUACAGCAAUUCUGUAAUUCCGCGACGAUGAAAUUUGUUGGAAAUAAUUCAGAAGCGUAGUUUAGAAAUUUUACUCUGUUCGCCAAAAAUUAAAUAAUAAAUAACAGCCAUGAACAAAUCGCACAGCGCCUCAGAGUAAAAGAUUCUUUCUUUUCUUGUUUACAAUCGCGAUAUGUCUUCCUCUGACGUCGAUUUCGUAACCGGACCCGCGCGACGCUCGCAAGACCAUCAAACCGAGGAGGAUUUCGGUCUCUGCUACGCGUAUCCGGUGAUCGACGACGAUCGGGACACGAGCGGGGUGCUCACGAGGAACAGGAGAGUCUCGCGAGGGUCGGGCGGUAGAGGCCCGUCCGCCGAGGACGGACUUUACGUAUCCGAAAGCCCGUUCACUGACAAGCUGGUCAAGCCUUAUCGGCUCGACGACGUGAAACCGCUGGACUACGCGGAGUCGCGGCCGCGGUUCCGCGGGAAACUCGUCGAGAUCGCGGUGCGGGACGUACGCGUUCACGCACCGCCGCGCGAGGAAGGUCAGGGGCCGACGCCGGAGAUCGUCUCGGUCUCCGUGCUCUUCAAAGGCAGGUCGAUAUGCACGGUGAACGGCCCGUUCAAUCGGAAACUGUACAAACUGAUGAUGAGAAAUUCGGGAUGCCACGAUCUCUCGAUACAGGUGCACGCGCGAGACGGGGCGUCCAGCGUUCUUCCGUUACCGUUGCCCCAGCGUAGCGUCAGGGACCACAAGGUGGACAUAGAUUUCGCGAUCGGCGACAACUCGGGUAGGAUAUACGCCGGGACCGUCGUCUGCACUGUCUCUCUGUCGACGUACGGCAGCAGCGAGCCGGAGGAGACCAUCAGCGAGGGCCUAUAUAGACCGAGCAACGACCCGAAUGAUCCGCAGAACAGUCUCUCCCUGUCGCGACCUCACAGACGUUCCGCCAGCAACAAGGACGUCAAGUAUUUUCUGCUGAUGGAUCCGGCUCUGAUGUUCGACGCGGAUGUCGGCGCGAUUCGCAAAAAAGCGUCGCCGUGCGACUCGAAACCGCCGGACAUGGUCGUGACCGAGCAGUCCGCGUUCUCUCUGCUGGACGUGUCUCUGAAGAAUCUGUUCCAGGCCAGCCGGCCGCUCAGGCCGUCGUCCAGCACUCGUCGACGUCAUCCCGUAGGGAGAACGAUCCUCUCCGUCACCGUACUGCGCGGAGUGGAGGUGCCGGUGAGAGAGGAAUCGGCGCUGGUCAGCCCUCUGCUGGAGGUGGAAUGGGGCAACGUCGUACACGCGACCGCGACGGCGGAAGGGCCCGCGCCCAUCUGGCAGCAGACCAUGCACUUCGAAUUGCCCAGACAGAGCGGCGAGCACUGCGUGAAAUUUCGCCUGUACGAUCAACAUCCGGUUUGGGGCCAGCAGUGGCUGGGCGAGGCGAGAAUACCCCUGGAGAGUCACCGGAAUUAUCAGGAGCUCGAGCGCUGGAUCGCCCUGUCCCCCCUGUUCAGUCCCGUAUUGUCGUUCGGCUACGUGCAGGCCAGCCCGGGUCGCUCGCACACCCGGAUCUACGCGCUGAUGAGGCUGGAGCAGCCCGGUAACGCCAAGUCCUUGGAAGCUAACGCCAUCGAUACUUUGUUAAAGGGGAUUCAACGCUGCCUGGCAACCCCGUACAGAAUAGCCGGUGUCGAAACUCCCGACGACGCUGCGCGGCUCGCCAUGCUUCUGCCGUCCUUGCCGAUGCACUACGGCCCGGUCCCGCCGCGCCAGGCCUUAAGCGUCAACAAGGUGGAUCACUACGGCAGAGCGGCCUUGCUGGCGACGCUUCUUCAAGGUCUCGGCUUGCAGUCAUAUGUGUUGUUAGGUUCGUCGCAGAUAAGCCGAUGGACCGCGUUUGUUUUGAGCAUCGAGGAAAACGACGCCGUCCUGUGGGAUCCCGAAAUCGGGGAUCGUUAUAAAUUGAGCGACAGUCGCUGUUCGCUGAUGAAAGUGUCCCGCUUGGUCAAUCACUCUGGCAUAUGGGAAAACAUGCAGAAAUCUACUCUGCCUCACAAUUUGAGAUUUAACGUGGCGAUUAGUAAGGAUUGGCGGCCACUCGUACCUGUCGCCGCACCGGCCGGCAAUCGACCCGUUCAGACUUUGGAAUCGACGGUGAUACCGAUGCCCGAGGAAGACGCGCAGGAGAAAGAAGGCGCGCCGGAAGUGGAGCAAUAUUUGCGAGACAAGUUGUCCGGCUGGCGCAGCGCUCUCGGUUUAACAACGAUAUUUAAUCGCCACGCGGUAAGUGUUUUGCGAGGCUUCGUCUCCGACAUUCCGAACGAUGUGGCGCGUCAAGUCGACAAGAGGGACCUGAAACAAUUGUACAGAGCUUAUCACACGCACGGUUUCCUCCUGAAUCUGCGUCAGACCGCCUUUGACGAACUGGCGGAGCAAAUAGCCGCCACGAAGGUUCACCGUAUCACGGGCCCCGUCGAAUUUGCCCUCGUCUGCCACAUGCAACGAUACGUUGGCAAGACGUGCUCGAUCUGGUUGGCUCUAGCGAUUUUACGAAGUCGUGGUUAAUCGCGACUCUUAAUUGCUUUACCUCCUUUCUCGUACAAAGAUAUUUGGGAUCUUCCCAAUCGAUGCGUCUAAAAAUUAAACAAAUAUUUGUAAAUAUUGUUUGGUAACGACAUAGAUAAGAAAAAAAUUGUCUCCUGAAGAGUAAUGGCUCUUGCAAAAUACAAGCUUGCUACUUGCAAGUGGCUGCCAUAAUGUGAAUAAACAAUUUUGGAUUGGUUUAUAUGUCGAAAGCUAAUCGUUUCUCAAUAUUUUUACUUUCCCUAUAACCGCAUGUCGUUACAUCGUGAAAGAUUACGAUUUGUGCAGCCAUUUACGUGUCUGAUACAAUCUCAUUGAUCUGUGUACAAUAUUGGUUGCUUUAAAGUAAUUUUAUUAUCUAUAAGAUAUAUACAAUAAAAGAACACGGAAAAAAUAUUGUAUACAUAAUAUUUAAUACCUAACAGUUAAAAUAAGAAAACUUUGUGAAAACUCUUAUUGAAGGGACAAAUAAACGUAAACCAUGAAGAAUUAAAUAAUGCAUUUCUUUGUUUUAAACUUUAA